UGUGGGUGGCACGCGCGCGCAUCGGCCCGGCCAGCCUGAUUCGAUUAAACUUCGACGCAGCCCUUGCGAGCUACCCCCGCAGUGAGCAGGGUGAGACCAACCUCGAGUGGCGCCCGUUAUGUCGAGAAUCUCCUCAACGCGCGCACGGCAGUAUCGCAGCGCGAAGAUAAGCUCCGUCGCGAAUCGCGCAUCCACUACGUCGCAGCAGCAACAGCAACACCCGAGGACAAGUCGAAUUGUGCCAACAACAAUCAGUAACCGCCUCCCAUUCGUACGUCGCGUGUUUGAAAGGUAGCCGAAAGAAAUUUUUCGCACACACAAGCUGAUUUAAUUGUCACAACUGUCUCGUGCGCGAUUGUACAAACACGAUGUGUGCCGAUCGUCGUGUGCUUUCUCGUGCCAAGAACGUAGCUGCGGAUAGCGACGAAGAUUUUGCAUUAUCAGGAUUGUUGCACAAUACCGCGGCUGCUCGAUGAUCGUCUGCUUUCAAAAAGACGAGGAUUACGAGAAAAUCAGCGAGAAGGACGAAUGUUCAAGUGGCGGUCGACGAUGUCGAGCGAGAGAGUUCGUGCGCGAGAACAAGAGAGCAGUUGAAACACUUUCGACGGGCGAAACGAACCGAUCUCGCGAUCGAACGCAACGCCGAAAUUACAGUCGACACAACGAGACUCGCAUUAUCAUGCGGAAUCACCUCUGAUCUCGUCCGAGAACAACGACGACGCGAGCUGACCGAGCAACAUGAUGUGGAAGGUGAAGUGGUCACGCUUCACCGAGUGCUUGUGCCGACGACCCGGUCUUGUUUUGAUUUUGCUCCCGUGUUUGCUCGUUGUCACUCUCUAUCUUGUUUCCGGCGACGACUACGGCGAGUUCUACGCGCUGCAAUAUCCGUCCUUCAAGUCGUCCUACAACGUCGUCGAAGGUAUGGUCGAUGGUUAUCUCGUGUGGAAUCCGAAGUGUCACAUGCUGUCGAAAAAACCUCUGGAUCCGUCCAUCACGAAAUUCGUAAAAAAGGAGAAACUGGAGAACUGCCCGAACAAUCUGGUGCUCUCGCAAAUUUUCAAAGACUCGAACGGCAGUGUGUUUCUCUCCCUCGAUCCCGAUAUAACGAACAAAUUUAACGACGUCGCAUGCUGCUGGUCGUCCGUUGUCAGGCCUAAAGUGAACAAGCCUAAGAAAGACAACUACGACUCCAUGAUAUCAGUUAAACAAUGCGAAAACUUCACGGGACAAGUGGCGCUCCCGCCCAAGGAGGAAGUGGUUUACGUGUCGUGUAAAUCGAAAACGAAACCCAAAGUGAAGACGAAGAAGCUCGCGACGAAAACGGUAUACGAGAACGUUCACGCGAUUCUGAAUCCGGAGAAAGUGCUCGAUCGCGUGGAUCGCAAUGACACUCAGCUCGGAAACUCAUCGAGGAGGCUGAGCGUGCUCGUUCUCGGUAUCGACAGCGUCAGUCGGCUCAACUUCUAUCGCACGAUGCCGAAAACCGAGAAGUACUUGCGCGAAACCGGCUGGAUCGGUUUGAAGGGCUACAACAAGAUCGGCGACAACACGUUUCCGAAUCUGAUGGCGAUUCUGACCGGUCAGACGCCGCAGCAAGCGUACUCGCGGUGCAAACCGACGGUAGCUUACAAACUCGACAAUUGUCCCUUUCUCUGGUACAACUUUCGUAAUGCCGGCUACGUCACGGCCUACGGUGAAGACGAAACUAUUCUUAAUACGUUCAACUACCUCAAAGUCGGCUUCGUCGAACCACCCACGGAUUACUAUCUGCGACCCUAUAUGUUGGCCAGCGAAAAAUUGCUUAAGAUUAAAAAAAGAUUCAACAUGAAGUACUGCACCGGUCCCGAGCUGAGCUUUCAGCGUAUCUUCGACUACGCCAUGAACUUCGCCCGGACUUUCAUCGGUGUGCCGUACUUCGGCUUUUUCUGGACGAACACGAUGAGCCACGAUAACAUGAACGGUAUCUCGUCGAUGGACGCGAACAUGCUGAAGAAGUUCGAGUUCAUGGAACAGGAGGGGAUCCUGAACGACACGAUGGUGGUCUUCCUGAGCGAUCACGGUAUGCGCUGGGGUGAGUUUCGCAACACCUUCAUCGGUUGGUACGAGGAGAGGUUGCCGUACAUCUACAUAUGGUUGCCCGAGUGGUUUCGUCGGGAAAAUCCCGACGUCUGUCGAGCGCUCGCGAUGAAUCAGCACCGACUCACCUCGCCGUUCGACCUCUACGAGACUCUACGGGAGAUCCUUGUCGUCGGAGGUGGCGAUGCGGAUUCCAGUCCGGGAUGUUCCACUUGCCAAUCUCUCUUUGCACCGGUUCCGAGGGAGCGGGGCUGCCAGGACGCGGGAAUACCUUAUCACUGGUGCACCUGCACGGCUUUCAAGUCGAUCGAUGUCAGCGACAGUAUCGCUGUCGGUGGCGUGCAAAAAUUUCUCGACCACGUGGAGAGCAUCGUGAAGGAGUACAAAGACAAGAAGGGCCGACGGCUGUGCGCGCGUCUGAAGCUGAAGAAGAUGCUACGGGUGGAUCAGAUGAUCGACUUCGGCACGGACAGUCCGUCCAGCGUCGCGUACUUCUACAUGAUCCAAACGACGCCCGGAAACGGCAACUUCGAGAUCACUGUUCGAUAUUACGGCAACGGCAAUUACAGCCUGUCCGACAGUGAGGUCAGUAGGAUCAACCCCUACGCCACGAGUGCCAGGUGCUUGAGUCGCGGUAUGAAACAGUACUGCCACUGCGUAAAAUAAAUGUCGUGAAUGUAUGUAUCCAGAUUUCAUCGUAUCGGAAGCAAUACGAUGUCAAUGCGCUUUUCUCAGCGUCUAUUUCGAUCAAAUAAACUGGAAACGUGUGAAAAGACGGUAAAUUUGCGCUCGAACAGUGCGCAAUAUAUAUAUUUUGAAAAUUUGACGAAAAUAACAUUACACUUUCCGGUCUCCCUAGUAAUAAUAAUAAUAAUAAUAAUAAUAGUAAUAACAAUAAUAACAGACUUAAGUUUUUCGGUGAGAAAAAAUUAUAGAACGAAGAGAACGCGCAGCAAAACCUUGAUCCGUUACGGUCGAGAGAGAAUUUGACAAUAUCACGUACGCGGACAAUAAGUAUGGUCACUCUUCGAUCGCAACGAGAAGACAGGAUGACUCACGGUCACUCUCUCCGUACUUGAGAAGAGAUUAGUUUUUUUUUUUUUUUUUUGUCAAAAGAAGAGAGAGGAACGUGUUAAAUCAAAUACGUAGCGAUGAAAAACAAGCGCGGACUAUCGCUGUACAUAUUUUAAGUAACUUUUACGACAGCUUUUUCAAUGUUUUCGCGACUGGGUUUCGCAACGAUAUCAUUAAAAUAUUUAAUUGCUCUAUUAAUAAUUCAACGUGUAUUAUGCGGCUCUAACUCUCGGCUUCUAUGAGUUGUACACGUGAAACACACGUACGCGAUAUACGUAUAGCUUGUAUACUGAUAUGCUUGGCACAUAUCAAACAUAAAAAAAAGUUGACUGCCUCAUCUCAAGGAACUAGGGACCUGAGUGGAUAUAUACACAUAUAUAUAUAUAUUAUAUACGUGGACAUAUCUUUAUUUCCAAGUUGGAACGUAUAGAUAAGACCGUGUCGUUUGCAUGUAAGUAAUUCAAGAUAGUCCGAUAAAAAGAAAACGAGGUUACCGGUGCUUUUUCAAUUAAGAAAACCAAAAAUCGUCGUACGUGAGAAUUAGAAACGCAAAAACGUCAGCUGAAUGCCAAAAAUUUCAAGUUGCGAUAAUAAUUGUUUAAGAUUUGCACUAUUUUUAAGAGAGAGAGAGAGAGAGAGAAAGAGAGAGAUUGAAGUAUUGAAUUUAAUUAAAAAAAAAAAAAGAUAUAUAUUAAAUAUAGUUUUGCGAUUUUGAGAUGUUUAAGAUGUUUCGCGCGUUUGCACGCAGUUACAUAAAUGUUACUUUUGGCAAGUUAACUUGUAUUCGCAUUUGUUUUAUAGAGUUCUAUUUAUAUAGAAUUAUUUAUAAUCGCGGCAAUAAAUAACUUGUAAGAGGGAACGAGCGUCGUUAGAACUUCUUUCGAAAAAUCAAAUCACGUUGAUUUUUCCGUGCUUGCGUUGCAAUUUAUUUCGGAAUUAAUGUCAUAUAUCAUACGAUAGGUGGUUUGUAUCAAUUUUUUUUUCCUUUAAAAGUAUGCACUUGUCGCACAUGUGUGAUAAAUUGUUUUCGCUGUUACACACACCGAUCGAUCGCAUCGUGUUUGACAUUUUUCACUCGAAUCGAUAGACGUUAAAGAUGCAUGAAACACGUAGAGCUAUAAACUCAACGCGAAAGAGUUGUGAAUGUAUUUUUCCUUUCACAACGACGUCAUGGCAGACCGCCAAAUAGUAGCAAGAUCGCGGUGCUCGUUUCUUCUUACACAAGCAAUACACACGAGGCAUUAGCUGGUCUGCUGUAAGUAACGCGUGUGCCUGACUUACAAGAAGUGCCAAAUCCGUGCUAAACGAGCAUCAAAACAAACUUCUCUACUUCUCGCAUCGAUAGCGGUCAUCACAGAAAACCGAUUUUAUCGAUUUUGUCACAACAAAGAUACAGUUGUGUGUGUUGAAAACCAGUUGAAUGUUAACGUUCUGUGUUUGUUUAAAAUUGAUUCUAUGUAGAUUGGAAAAAAAAUUUCUAUUCCGUGCUCGUUUUAAAAAUAUUCUCGAACCAAAAGAUUGUUUUUUGUUAAAAAAAAAAAAAACACGAUCGCCUAAAUAAUGUGUACGAGAAGUAGUAUUUAUUUACGCAGGUUUAAGCGUAAGUUGUGAAAACACGAAAGGCCAAUGAAAAAAAAAAAAAAAAAGAAAAAAAUAUAUAUAUCGUGAUAUAUUUUACUACGUCGUUAUAUAUAUACGCUUUAUUCUAAGUGAUACAAGAAGGACGUAGGUCUCUGUUAGUUGUUCACAAAAAAGAGAGAUGUAAUAUAAUCAAGUACUUGGGAUAUUUAUUUAAACAGAAGAGAAAUUGCCCGAAACUUGAAAUCUUGUUUUGUUUCGAGUCAGUCGAGCCAAAGCAAAUUGACUUCCGUAAGUGAUAUAGAAAUUACAUAGGAUCUUAUAGUUGUCAAAAGCAAUUUAGAAUUGUCGUAGAGUUAUUUUACGAUCAUAUACGCAUUUCCCGUUAAAACUCGUUAAAUUCAAAUUUCUUAAACGACAUAAACGAAUUUGUCUCAUGUGCCAUUUUGUUUCAUACAUGUAUGUCAUAAGCGAAAUUGCAGAUGCUUUUACAAUAAAUUAUUAAAUUACGAUAUUAACGUCA